UGGCGUUGGAAGCGACCACUCGACCAAAACAAACAUGGCGUCUGCGCUCGAGCACUUCGUCAAUAAUGUCACUUCUCUCUCCUCCCAAGGCAAUUAUGGUGAGGUGGUGAAAUAUGUUAGCAAGAGCACAGAAGUUCUGGCCAAGAAUGUGGCCCACCUGGACACAGUCUUGGCCACGCUGGAACCCCAGGCUGUCUCCCUCGGGGUCAUGGCUGUGUUGUGCGUGAGGCUGCAGAACACAACACACACAGACGCUAACAUAGACACUCUCCAUGCUACCGUAGCCGAGUUUAUUAAUGUAUGCAGCGAGGAACAGAUAAAAUAUGCACCAGAUAUGAUGGCUGAUCUGUGCGGCAGCUAUGCUGACCUCCUCGUGGCAGGAAACUGUGCUAUGCGUGGCAUUGAAGUCCUGAGCACUGCAAUCCGCAAGAUCCAGGAGUCUCCACUGCACCUGACAUCAAUCCAUGCACACCUGGUCCACUUGUGCCUUGUCUCAAAAUGCUUCAAACCAGCGCUCAAAUUUAUGGAUGUUGAUAUUAUGGAUAUUAGUAAGGAGCGUGGUAGUUAUGAUGUGAAGCACUUCCUUCUAUACUACUAUUAUGGAGGAAUGAUCUACACUGCAGUGAAGAACUAUGACAGAGCCCAGUAUUUCUUCAGAGUCUGCAUCACAACUCCCGCCCUCGCUGUGUCCCACAUUAUGCUAGAGGCAUUUAAGAAGUACAUCCUUGUUUCCCUCAUUCUAGAAGGAAGGAUUGGUCGAAUCCCCAAAUAUGCCUCUCUGGUGGUGACUCGCUUCAUUAAGCCACUCAGCCAGGUGUAUUGGGACCUCGGCGUGGCCUUCUGUACCAACUGCCCUGACAAGGUGUGCUCCGUUAUUAGCAAAAAUCAAGAAACCUUCACCAGAGACCAGAACAUGGGAUUGGUGAAGCAGUGUCUGAGUGCCCUCUACAAGAAGAACAUUCAGCGCUUGACUCGCACCUUCCUUACCCUUUCCCUUGCCGAUGUUGCGAACCGCGUCCAGCUCACCAGCCCUCAGGAGGCACAGAAAUACAUUUUGAAUAUGAUUGAUGAGGGUGAAAUCCAUGCAAGCAUCAACCAACGCGAUGGAAUGGUAGUUUUCCUGGACAACCCAGAGAAAUACAACUCUCCUACCAUGAUGGCUCAUCUGGACAAAGAAAUGCAGUUAUGUAUGGAGGUGGAGCGUCGGCUGCAGGCCAUGGAGGAGGAGAUUGUGGUGAAUCCUCAGUAUGUCCAGAAGGUCCUGGGGCCACAGGAGGACGAGGGUCCGACACCCUCCUCCGCGCAGUCUACCUCCUUUUCCAUCGUGUCCUCCAUGUGAUCCUAUUAGUACCCAGCCAAUCUUGCAUUAAUCGAACUCCGUGUGAAUUUUAUCAAGUAAACAAAGAUAUUAGG